AUGUCUUCUAGUAUGGCAGAGCUCCUGGACACUUUUGUGAAGAACGACCAGACGCUCUUUUUGGCAGCGAGACGUCAAGAGGACAUCAUGGCACCGGCAGUACUGACUGGAAGGCCACUGAACAAGAAACGAUGA